AUGCCUCACUCCAUCACCGUUAAGCAGAUCGAGGGGAAACCCGGCAAGGUCUACUAUCCCCUGCAACUCAAUGAAGUUCCCAAGCCAUCUCCGGGGCCGAAAGACGUCCUCGUCCGGUUGACCGCUGCGGCACUCAAUCACCGCGACCUCUUCAUCCGACAUCACCUCUACCCAGGCAUCUCAUUCGACCACCCGUUGCUCGCAGACGGUUACGGCGUUGUAGUCGAGGUCGGCAAAGAUGCGAACAAGGACCUCCUGAACAAGCCCGUCCUCAUCACACCAAGUCGCGGCUGGGCCUCUAGCCCCGACGGACCCGAAGACAUCCGCAAGUUCAGUGUCAUCGGCGCCACGAAGACUUACCCUGACGGCACCGGGCAAGACUACCUCGCUCUUCCCGAGGCCGAGGUUGAGCUAGCACCGGAGCACCUCACGCCGGCCGAGGGUGCGGCCCUUCCGUUAGUCGGACUGACUGGAUGGCGCGCGUUGGUGACCAAGAGCGGCAACGCCGAGAAGGGUAGAAACAUCCUUGUCACCGGCAUCGGCGGCGGCGUGGCGCUUCAAGUUCUCCAGUUUGCAGUCGCGUUUGGCUGCAAUGUCUACGUGACAUCCGGCGACGAGGCCAAGCUCGAGAAGGCCAAGAAGCUAGGCGCCACCGGGGGUGUGAACUACAAGAAGGACGGGUGGGAGAAGGAUCUCCAGGCCCAGCUCCCCAAGUCGCGGCCAUACCUCGAUGCUGUAAUCGAUGGCGCCGGCGGCGAUAUUGUGGGUAAGGCGGUCAAGGUGCUCAAGCCUGGCGGUGUCAUCAGCCAGUACGGCAUGACAGUGUCGCCGCAGAUGGAUUGGCUCAUGCAGGCGGUGCUCAAGAACGUCGACCUCAAGGGUACGACGAUGGGGUCGCGGGAGGAGUUCAGAGACAUGGUCGCCUUUGUGAGGGAGAAGAAGAUCAGGCCAGUUGUGAGCCGGACUGUCAAGGGGCUGACGAAUCUGGAGGGCAUUGACGGGCUUUUCAAGGAUAUGGAGGCUGGGAAGCAGUUUGGCAAACUCGUCAUUGAGUUUGAGGAUAGUCCGGCUUCUCCCAAGCUGUGA